ACAGCCUCACAAUCUCCACUAACCGAAGGUGACCGGCAAACGUAGCCCAUCACCUCUUAAUCCAGCACGGCUGGAUACGACAUCUCCGAAGAUUUAUCUCGUCAUCUUUUUUAAGCACUGUUGCCUGUCUUGAAUCAUGGUCUCCACCCCCUCCGCUGGCCAUAGUGGCGGCGUUGGAGGUGCCGGUAGCGCGAACGCCAGCUCUAGAGCAUCUCCUGCUGUCGGUAACACCAGCUCCUCGAGCCAUGCGAACCAUUCCUCUUCGGCGGCCAAUGGCGCAAAAUCGAAGACGCAGGUUAAUUCAAACGGGUAUCACCCUACCAAUCCUCAAGUACCUCUUAGUUCUAUGCGUAGCGCACCUCUAGAUCUUACCUCGGUCGAACGAAGAGGCCAGGCAACCACGAAUCGAGAACCGCCUAAACGAAAUAGACCGUACGGACUCGAGGAAGCGCCGACGUAUCAUCCCACCGAAGAAGAAUGGAAAGAUCCGUUCGAGUACGUCCGCAAGAUCACGCCCGAUGCACGCGAAUAUGGCAUCUGCAAGAUUGUCCCGCCCGAUUCUUGGAAUCCAGACUUCGCAAUCGAUACAGAGAAAUUUCAUUUCCGAACUCGAAAACAAGAGUUGAACUCGGUUGAAGGCAGUAAGUUCUUUGUCACGACACGCCCUGAUUAUUUAUCGCCACGACUAGUCCCAUUGACCUCAGUGUAGGCACACGAGCGAAUCUUAGUUACCUCGAUGCUCUCGCCAAGUUCCAUCGACAGCAGGGAACUAACUUAAACCGACUCCCCUACGUCGAUAAGAAGCCCCUCGACUU